CCCUUACUGAUCUAACAGAAUGGCUCCUCUGAAGAAGGGUGAGAAGAAGAAGGGUCGUUCGGCCAUCAAUGAGGUGGUGACACGCGAGUACACCAUCAACAUCCACAAACGCAUCCAUGGCAUGUCUUUCAAGAGGAGAGCUCCUCGUGCACUGAAGGAGAUCCGUAAGUUUGCCGUAAAGGAGAUGGGAACACCAGACGUCCGCAUCGAUACUCGUCUCAACAAGGCUGUGUGGGCUAAAGGCAUCAGGAACGUGCCGUACCGCAUGCGUGUGCGUCUCUCCAGGAAACGUAAUGAAGAUGAAGAUUCCCCAAACAAGCUGUACACACUGGUCACAUACGUCCCUGUCACCACGUACAAAGGUCUUCAGACUGUAAAUGUGGAUGAAAAUUAAGUUUCUCAUGGCCAUUGAAAUAAAAACAUAAAAGGAA